AUGGAUGUAUUCUUUCCUAACUCAGAGGAUGAAUGGAGAUCAAUUGCACAAUCAUUUGAACGAAGGUGGAACUUUCCUCAUUUAUUAGGUGCAAUUGAUGGAAAACACGUCCAAAUAGUACCUCCAUCUGGAAGUGGUUCCUAUUAUUACAACUACAAGGGAACACACAGCUUAGUCUUAAUGGCUAUUGCAAAUGCAAAUUAUGAAUUUAUUAUGAUUGACUUCGGAGUAAAUGGUAGAAUCUCCGAUGGUGGUGUACUUGAAUAUACUAACUUUUUUAAUAAAUUAGUAAACAAAGAACUGAAUAUACCUCCUGCUACAAAAGUUUUAAACAGUUGUGAAGAAUUACCAUAUGUAUUUAUAGGUGAUGAAGCGUUCUCCCUACGAGCAGAUAUGUUAAAACCAUUUCCUCAACGUGAAUUAAACAAAGAAUCUAAAAUAUAUAACUAUCGGCUAUCACGAGCGCGACAAAUUAUUGAAAAUGUUUUUGGCAUUUUAGCUGCCAGAUUUCGCAUAUUUCAUACAGCCAUACCGGUACAAUUACAUAACACCGAUACCGUAGUUGCUUGCUGCUGUCUUUUACACAAUUACUUAAGAAGAAAGUGUUCAAAUGAUUAUAUACGAACGGAAGAUUUAAAUAAUAUAGAUACAAGAUGUUUUAUGAAUUUGCAAACUAGUAUGAAUCGAAAUCCAGCGGCAGAUCCAAAACGGGUUCGUAUAAAACAUCUUCUUGGUUCAGCUCAAUGGUGA